GUGGGGAGAUUUAUUGGAUCCGGUUUAUCUAGCUAUAACAAGCGCGAAAAUCGAGUAUUUUAGUAAAGCGGCGCAUGCGGCUGCGUCCCCUUGGAAUGGUAGGAAUGCACUUGACGCUGUAGUUUUGGCUUAUAAUGGAAUUUCAUUGCUAAGACAACAAUCGCAAAUCAACAAUAGAAUUAUCAUGUUUAUUACUAAUGGAGGAAAAGUAGUCAAUGGUAGUGCAAUUACUUUUUUAAGUAUUGAACCUGAUCAUCGUGUUGAAAAUUGUCUCAAGUCUGCUGCGGACGCUACUGGAUGCACAUAUAAAACUGAGUGGGAUAAAGGAUGCUGUGAGGUUAUCGUAAAUAAAAAGCUAGCAAAAAAUUUUAUGAGGCACAUGGAAGAUCGUGGCGUAGUUUAUCCUCCGACUGGUACUUUUCCUCCAGGAGGGUCGACAGAUCAGGGUAAUGUGAGCUAUGAAGUUCCAAGUAUUCACGCUUUAUGCAACAUCGGCACGACACACAUUAUACAUACACCCGAAUUUGCGAUAGAAGCUGAAAAAGUAGAGGCACAUCACAGAACGUUGUGUGCUGCUACAUGUUUAGCAUUGACUGCGUCGGAUGUGUUGGUUGAUGACCAAUUGUAUCGAGAUGUUGUUGAAGAGUUUAACGCUAACGUCAAGAAAACAAAGCAGAAGUGA